AUGACAGCCACCGAUACCAUUGACGGAGGCUAUGGCUGGGUUAUCGUGUUUGCUGUCUUCUGGAACAAUGCCCACGUCUGGGGAAUCCUGUCCAGCUAUGGUGUUUUCCUGGCAUAUUUCACCUCUCAUUCGGUAUUCCCGCAUAGCCGAGCUCUCGACUUCGCUUUGAUUGGAGGAUUAUCUACCUCGCAGGCUCUCGUGAUAUCGCCCCUGAUUACGACGAUCCAUCGUCGCUUUGGCCUCAGGGCCACCAUAGGCCUCGGGGUCCUAUUUGAGACCGCAGCCCUCCUGGGAGCAUCGUGGAGCACCGAGAUUUGGCAACUAUAUCUCAGCCAGGGGGUCUGUUUUGGAUGGGGUCUCGGUCUGCAGUAUCUCUCGACAACCGCCAUCAUUCCGCAGUGGUUCAACAAGAGGCGAAGUCUCGCGGCUGGCAUCACAACCGCCGGAACCGGCACGGGCGGAUUGAUAUAUUCGCUUGCAGCUCACGCCAUGCUCGAUAAUGUUGGCAGAAACUGGUCCUAUCGAAUUCUAGCGAUCGUUCAAUUUGUCGUGAACUCGAUCUGUUUAUUGCUUCUGCGUGACCGAAACUCAACCCGUCCGUCCGAAAAGCCGGGACGGUCAAUCAACUUCAAGCUCGGGAAGAGAUAUGAGACAUGGCUGUUUAUCGCGUGGGGCUUUUUCAGCGUCAUGGGCUUCAUGGUAAUUUGGUUUUCGCUGGCAACCUACGCUCGAAGUAUCGGCCUGACUGCCAGCCAAGGGUCAACGAUCACCGCUGUGAUGAAUGUCGGGCAAAUGUUUGGGCGCCCUGCGGUAGGCUUUUCUAGCGAUCGGAUUGGCAGAUUCAAUGUUACCACUUUUGCCUCGUUCGUCAGCGGCGUGUUAUGCCUGCUGCUGUGGGUAUUUGCAAGAACAUACGCCGCACUCACCUGCUUUGCACUAUUUGCCGGGAUAUUGUUCGGUACAUUCUGGACGGCUGUCGGUCCAUUGGCCGCCGAAGUUGUCGGGCUUGAUGAGCUUCAGUCGUGCCUGACCAUCGCUUGGCUCGUCUGUUCUGUACCUGCAACCUUCGGGGCGGCUAUCGGGCUUGAACUUCGCACAACCGGAGAGCACGAGUAUCUCCACACGCAGCUGUUCACCGGGUUCAUGUAUAUUGCAGCGUCGAUAUGUACGCUCCUUCUUCGGGGAUGGAAGAUAUCAGCCAAUGAUCCAUCAGCUCCGGAGUCGAGAAUGGGGAAUAAUGGAGAGGAUAUGUUACGUGCGACGGUUAGGCUAGAGAAGGUUUGA